AUGUACACGCAGGUAACUGUGUCAAUCGCGCCGCUUGCGGUGGCAGCGGCGGCGGUGGUGGCGCUUGAUGCCAAUAUUGUGGCUGGCCGUGCUGCAGAUGCCGAGGCUGGAGUCAAGGCUGGGACCGAGGCUAGGCUCGAGGCUAGGCUCGAGACGGGGGGUGAGACCGAGGCUGGGGCUGAGACUGGGGGUAGGACUGAGGCCGGGGCCCAGGUUGCCGAGACAGAGCUUGGUUCAGGUGCCGAGUCGGAAUCAGACGUCGAGUCGGCAUCAGAUGGUGAGUCAGGCUCGUCGUCGUCAUCGUCGACAUCGUCGGCGUCGUCAUACUACUCGUACUCGUCGUCGUCGUCGUGCACGUCUGCGGCUCGGUUCGACUCGCUCAACGAGUCACAGGUCCAGGGCGUGCUCACCACCCACUCUGUGACGCCGCUUACGCCGCGAUCAGUGGCUGACGAUUCAGACUCGGACACCGGGGUUGAGGUUGUGUGUCUGCGGGUGGGGCGGCGGGCGUCGAGCUCUGGUGGGGCGGCGGGCUUGUUGCCAUCACGGCGGCUGACGCCGUCGCUGCCGGUUUACGCUGGCCCGCUGUAUGUGCGGGCGCAACGACUGCUGCACCUGCGCGUCGCCGAGGGCCGCAACCUCAAGGGCGGCAAGUCGACAGUUUCGUCGUACUGCAAUGUGCACCUCGGUGGAGGGCUAGUAGUGCGGACACAGACGGUGCACAAGACAUCGGAGCCAACCUACGGCGAAGAGUUCAACUUUGAGCUUCCGCUGACGUGGGAGCCCAACGUGGAGAUCGAUGUGUUUGAGACUGGUUCGCGCCGGCGCGACGCGUUCCUUGGCCGAGUCCUUCUCAACUCGGACAAGCUCGCGGGCUCGAGUGAGAAGAUGAUGCAAGAGUGGCUUCCACUUGAGCUUCCAACCGUCCGCAAGCGCGACUUUGUCUCGGGCUCAAUGCAUGUCACCAUCCGGCACGCGCCGUUUACAGAGGCAACGAGUGCGCCAGGUACACUGGAGAUCCGCAUCGGUGAGGCCCGCAAUCUGACUCACGCCGGCAUCUCGGGCCCGUGCAAGCCGUUCAUCCGGGUCGACUACGGUGGCGAGGCCCAGACAAGCACGCCGAUGCGCGCGGCGGCGUCGGUGGCGGUCUUCUUUGGCGACGCCUUCACCUUUGUCACAGACCGGACCUCGCGGUCGGUCAUUGUCUCUGUCUGGCACGCCAAGAAGCUCGGCACCGACGACUUUAUGGGUGAGGUCUCGGUCGACCUGCGGGCGCUUGAGCCGCAUGUGGCCCACGCGGCAUGGUACUCGCUCCGCUCCAAGUACUACGCCACGCCACACGCCAAGCUCGAGGCGCAGGUCCAAAAAAUGGCCCGCCAGCGGCGGUGCUCGGUGACUUCGCAGUCGUCGCCGCCGCCAUCGCCGCCGCCUGCCAACGGGUCGGGCGGAGCGUCAGAGGAGAGCGGCGAGUCGGAGCCGUCCAGCUCGCCGCGCAUCAUUAUGGCGGCGUCGGACGACAUCAAGCUCCGGUCUGCCUUUGGCCUCCACACCCUCGGCUCGGCCACGGUCCAGGCCUCGUCGCCCGAAGUCUCUGUUCGGCGACGGGCGCUCGCGGCGCUGCCCGAGGGCGGGGCGGGCGGCGACGCCGGCGUCGACGGUGGAGCGUCCGAGGUCUCGGCUAUGGGCGACCUGCGGGUCAAGUACGAGUUUUCCGAGGUCGAUAUUCUUCCUCUAGACGCAUACGAGCCGCUGCUUGCCACGCUCGAGGAGGAGGAGGGCGCUCAGGCGCGAUGGGUCAUGGCAUACACCCGCAACCGCGAUGCAUUUGCCCGGUCGCUCAUGCUUUUUCUCGGCUCUGUGCUGGCGGACGAAAUCGAGGCGACGCCCAACACGGGGGUGCUCUUCCGCGGCAACUCGCUCGGUUCCAAAGCUGUGGACAUGUACAUGAAGAUUGUGGGCAAGGAGUACCUUGCGAGCACGCUCAAGCCGGUUCUUGACGCCAUGUAUGCGUCCGACGGACAUUUCGAGAUCGACAACGCGCGCGCCGCGCGCGACGGCACCGACUGGCAGGACAAUCUUGUGCGGCUCAACGGCAUGAUUCGACUCGCGGUGGACUCGGUCCUCGGCUCGCUCGACGCCAUGCCGCUCCAGCUCCGCUUUGUUUUUGCCGCCCUCGCCAACGCGGUGGCGGCCAAAUUUCCCGACAAGCCGGGUGCGCCACUCAUUGCCGUCUCGGGCUUCCUCUUUCUCCGCUUCUUCUGCCCGGCGGUAAUGGGACCCAAGGUGUUUGGCCUCGCCGACGCGCACCCGGGGCGGCCGACUGCUCGCGGCCUGGUCCUCAUCGCCAAGACCCUGCAGUGCCUCGCCAACCUGGUGCGGUUCGGAGACAAGGAAAAGUGCAUGUCCCACCUCAAUCCGCUUGUCGACGAGUACGACGGCCCGAUGCGGGCGUUCCUCGCGGCGGCAGCAACCGUGCCGUCCGUGGGAGAUGGCAGCUCGCCAACGCUGGCGCAGGCCGAAAACUUCUACGCGCCGCACGAGAGCGCACUCGGAAAGGACGCACUCGAGUACCAAGCGGCGCUCGUCCACAAGGAGCUUGCUGGCGUCCUGCGGAGCCUCGAGCCCGACGACGAGAUCAUCGAGAUGUGGCCCGGAAAGGUCAAGACCAGCGGCGCGCUCUUGAUGUACACCCGCGCGCUGCUCGUUCAGAUGGACAAGAUCCGGGUCCAGGCCAAGACGCUUGCCAAGCGGCGCGAGCGUGGGCUCUCGGUUUGGCACGCACAGGAGGCUGCCAAGCAGGAGGCGCUCCACAACUCGGAGGCGUGGUCGGCGGCCAAGGCGGCGGACCUCGCGCGAAUUCGCGAGACGCUCGAGACUGGGGCGCGGUUUGUCUACGCCGACUUUACCUCGCAGUCGCUGUACUGGGAGCCAGUGGCAGGCAAGGACGGCCAGGUGCGAGCGGGCAAGCCGACGGCCCGUAUUGCUUUUGCCGACAUCCUCGACGUUGUCCGCGGACAUACCACCGUGGCAUUUAAGAAGAGCGGCAAGCGCGGGCGCGAGUUUGUCGCCUUUUCCGUCGUCGCCGUCUUUUGCACCCUCGACCUCGAGGCUGACGACGAGGCCAUCCGCGAAGCCUGGUUCUCCGCGCUCUCGUUUGUGGUCCGCGAGAUCGAAACGCUGGCUGCGACUCCAUCACAGCAACAAUGA